AUGGCCUCGCUGUCCCCCACCCCCUCCCUAUCCCCAUCCCCAUCACCAACGGCGAGCCCGCGCGGCCGCGAAGAUCGCUGGCGCGGAGGGCGAGGAUCUGAUUCUGAGGAUACCCCGCGGUCGUACCGCGAUGCGCUGGCCGGUGGGCAUGUGGCGGAGCGCGUGGACGGGCCGGAAUCCUCCCAGCCGCGCCAUGAGAUGCCGUCCAUGGUUCGCCGGGAGGAGGAGAGCACGGCCAUCGACGAGCUCGAUGAUUCGGAGGAUCUGCUCGAUGAGGAAGAAGAAGCUCCGUGGGAAGAACCCACGCACAUCACCCGCAAGCGCGCCAGGGGGCGCCGUGGUGGCAAGAAGGUGGCGGCGCGCCCCAGGCGCGACGUCGGCACCUACGCUGAGUUCGACAGCCUGUGCUUGCUCUGCACUCAGCCAGGACACCGUGCCGCCGAUUGCACCACGGGGCCGGUGUGCCUCCGCUGCGGUGAAGCUGGCCACAUGGCGAGGGAGUGCUCGCUCCCGCGCCAGUGUCGCCGCCGGACGGAGAAGAACCUGCGAGGAAGAGAGUGA